CUGUAUAUUAAAUCAUGGGGACGGUUCCGAAACUCAGUUCAACAUAGAACGUCAAGCGUAUAGAAUAUUGUAAAAUCGACACAUUAGAAUCCUAGAAUCUUGAAUAUAUCGAAUAAAUCCGACAGGGAAAAUCACGUUGAAGAAUUCACGGUAUAAAAAAGCCAUCGAGUAUAUCGCGCAUGACCAACGUCCCCGCGUACUCUGUUACCAAAGUUCUUCUUCGCUUGGGUACCAUCGCAGACGUUCUCGCAUCGUAAAACUGCACGCGUUUGUUACUCGCUCGUUUCUUUGACCAAAUAUAAAAGAGAAAACACCAAGGGUUUUGAUAAUAAUAUAUAAAAACGGAAGUUGUUGCUUAAUCCCUUAUUGGUAAUGCAGCUAAGUCUGAAAUUACUGAGGUGCCUUUUAAUGCUGGUCGUUAUGGCUUGCAUCGUAGACGCUUUACCCAUUGGAAACCCAGAGGCCGCGAUCGAAAACAUGAGACAAAUACCACAAUGGCAUUGUUUGCGUUAUCGGAAAUUUGAUUUGGUACGUCGCUGCCGGCAUUAUCGCAUUGGAAGAAAACACUGAUAACUGUAUAAUUAAUCUAACGUUGGUGGAAUACCUCGAAUCUUUCGAUUUACACAACUGUCUUCUAAUAACCCGACGACAAAUUGUAUUCUCGUUAAAGUCAUUGAAUAUGUUAUCAUAUCUGCCAAGGCCUGAAUUUUUCGGACUCAAAUAAUUUGUAAGCAUCUUUUUUUGUAAGUAAUUAAUGAUAUUUAAUUAUAAGUGUUUUCCUUCUUAUUUCAUUUGUCAACUAACAACUUACAAUCUCUCUACAUCCGAAGACCGUUUAAAUAACAUGGCGAAUGAUACCGUUUUGUAUCGUCUUAAAAGUUUCAAGCCUUUUUUUAUGUGUCGUGAAAUCACCGAAGUCUGAUUAUUUAUUAUUGAGUAAUAAACGGCUGCAAAUAAUACUUCAUAUACUCAACUAUUUUGUUUUUAAUAGUUGGACUGAACGUUAACAUUUUUUAUCGUUUUUUCUUUUCUUUGUUUUUUGAAGAAAAACUAAAGAUCCACUACUCAAUAUAAUAAGAAUUAAAAAUACGCAUAAUCACCCAACAAUCUAUGUACCAAAGAAAUUUUUGAUUUAAAAUUAAAAGAAAAAAAAAGAAAAAAAUAAUAAGGGGAUAAAAAUAGAUAAGAUGUAUUUAUUUAUAGCAAAACUUAGCUGUUUUGAUCUCAUCCACGUUUGUAAAAAUGAUGAUUGAUAUUAAAUAUAUUAUUUGAAAAUUUA